AUGUCUACCUCCAAGAGCGGCGAGAAACGAAAGGCCGAGCCGUAUCGGGCAACGAAGAAGGAGUGGCUGAAGAAGCCGCGGCUGGAAGGCGGUGAUGGCAAGAACGGGACGAGCCCGUACGAGAAGGGCACAUCCACGUCUCGCGAAGCACACGCAAAACAGAAGCAGACGGCGCAGGAGCGCCGGGCGGCCAAGCCUUUGGCUGACGAGCUCGCACGGUCAAAGAAGUUGUGGGAGCGUCUGCGGCGAAAGUCGCACGUGCCCAAGGAGGAGCGCCAGAAGCUGGUGGACGAGCUGUUCAGCAUCACCACGGGGCGGAUGCGUGACUUUGUGCUCAAGCACGACGCCGUGCGCGCAGUACAGACGGCCGUCAAGUACUCGACCCCUGAGCAGCGCAAGGACAUUGCCAAGGAGCUGCAGGGUGCCUAUGUGCAGAUGGCCGAGAGCAAGUAUGCCAAGUUUUUGGUGGGCAAGCUGCUCGUGCAAAACGACGAGGCCACGCGCGCCAUGAUCAUCUCCGAGUUCUACGGCAAGGUCAAGAAGCUCAUCAACCACCCGGAGGCGUCGUGGAUCCUGGAUGACGUCUACCGCACGGUGGCGACCAAGACGCAGCGCGCCAAGCUGCUGCGCGAGUGGUACGGCCCCGAGUUUGCGCUGGCCAACACGUCGGCCACGGGCGACCCCGUCGCCGGCAGCACGGAGCCGACGGCAGACUUGACGGAGAUUCUGGAGAAGGAGCCGAGCAGGCGCGGCGUGAUCAAGACGCACUUGCUGGCCAUGAUCAACGCGCUGGUGCAGAAGAAGCUGACGGGUUUCACGAUCCUGCACGACGCCAUGCUGCAGUACUUUUUGAACGUGCCGGCGGGGUCCGAGGACCACCGCGAGUUUGUCGAGAUGAUCAAGGGCGACGAGGGCGGCGACCUGCUGAAGAACAUGGCGUUCACCAAGUCGGGGGCACGGCUGGUGUGCCUGCUGCUGGCGCACGGCGACGCCAAGGACCGCAAGAUCCUUCUACGCACAUACAAGGACACGUUCCAGCUGCUCAGCGGCGACCCGCACGGCCACGCCAUUAUCCUGGCGGCGUGCGACCUGGUCGACGACACCAAGCUGACGAGCAAGGCCAUCUUCCCGGAGAUCCUGGGCAAGAACGAGGAGUCGGGCACGGAGAACGUUGUGUUUGUGGCCAACGACCUCAACGCCCGCACGACGAUUCUGUACCUGUUUGAGGGCGCGUCGCGGGCGCUGUUCCCGGCGAGCCACGCCGCCGACGUCGCGCUGCUCGAGGAGAUCCACGCCAUCCGCACGACGACGAGCAAAAAGGAUCCCGAGGUCCGGCGCAAGGAGCUGAUUGCGGCCGUGUCGCCGCAGCUGCUGGCUGCCAUCGCGGCGGCACCCGCCGAGCUCGUGGCCACGUCGUUUGGCUGCCAGCUGGUGACGGAUGUGCUGCUGUUCGCCACGGGCGACAAGACCGAAGCCCUGGCUGCGAUUGCACAGACGGCAGCCGGCCCGACGACGACCACGACCACAGGCAGUGGCGGCGGCGACGACAAUGACCUUCCGGGCGCUGUGGCGCCGCACGUGUCGCAGUCGGCCUUUGGCACGCGCCUGCUCAAGACGCUCGUUGCCGGCGGCCGCUUCGACAAGGCGACGGGCCAGGUCAAGCCUGUGGACCCGCCGCUGCAUUUCGCCGACGUGCUGUACCCGCAGAUCCGCGAGCACGUUGUGGAGUGGGCCACGGGCGCGGCCAGCUCGUUCGUGGUGGUGGCGCUGCUGGAGGCGGCCGACCUGGCGCCGGAGCACGCCAAGGAGCUGAAGAAGACGCUGUCGGAAAAGAAGAACCGCAAGGCGCUGGAGCAGUCGUCUGUGGAGGAGACGUCGGAGCAAAAGGCCAAGCGCGAGGCGGCCGAGGCAGCAGCGGCAGCCAAGGAGGCGGCGGCCGAGAUCGGUGACAACAAGGACAAGAAGGACAAGAAGGACAAAAAGGACAAGAAGAAGGCCGACAAGAAAAAGGCGGCGGCAUCAGCGGCACCGGAACGGCCCGUAGGCAAUGCGGGUGCCAAGCUGCUUCUGGAGAAGCUUGCAUGA